CGAAAAAGUUUUUUAAUUUGUAAGAAAGUCUAUUCACCCCCCUCUAGACUUUGUAUCUCACCACUUAAGGGACCACCAAUUGGUAUCGGAGAAAACUUCUCACUAUCUACAUUUAGAUUAAAGAGAAGCGAUCAUAAUGGUGAACAAUAUGGAUACGGGUUUGCCCAAGUUUUCUCUUCUAGGUUAUGAUGAUUGGAAGAUCAUGAUGGAAGCACAUCUAUACGCCCUGCAUGAUUGCAUGUGGAUGGUGCUUGAAGAUGGACCUCUGAAGAUUCAAAUGGAGAAUCCAGAGAGGGAUCCAACCAACCCUGAUGUAGUCUGGUACAUUCCAAAACCCAAAGAGAAAUUGGAUGAUAGAGAUUGCAAAAAGCACAAUCCGGACAACGUCGCCAAAGCAGUCAUCUUCAAGACACUUGAUCCCAUCUCCUUUUCCAAAAUCAAGAAUCUCAGAACCGCCAUGGAAAUAUGGCAAGGUCUUGGGAAGCUGUGUGAGGGAUCAAAGGAUCUGAGAAAGCAAAAGAUAGAGGUUCUGCAUGAAAAGUUCAAAAGCUUCAAAAUGCUUCCCGGAGAAUCAUUUGUCUUGCUGGAUGAAAGAUUCCACAUGAUUCUAAAUGAUCUUGCAUCACUUAACCACGUUCUUUCUCCCAAAGGAAAGAACGUAAUGUUGCUGAGAUCUCUUCCGGAUGAGUGGUACACCAAAGCCACAGCAAUGGAAGAAGGAAGAAAUCUAGAGAACUACACUGUCCAAGGUCUCCUAGACGAGCUCAGAACCUAUGAGCACGAGCUGGAGAAAAAGAAGAAGGAAGAACAAGCGAAGAACUACGAGGAGGAAUUUGCAAUGAUGGUCAAGCAAUUCUGGAAGUUCAAGAAGUUCUUCAAGAAAACUAACUCAGUCAGAAGGCCAUCCAAGGGAAAGCUACAUGUAAGUAACUCUCCCCCCGAAUCUUAUCUGUUUUAUAACUGCAGGAAGCCUGGCCACUGGAAGUCAGCUUGUCCGUAUCCAAAAGUGGAGAAGUACGGAGAAGGAGAAAGGAACGAGAAGAAGAAAAAGGCAAUGGUAGCAGCUGAGAGUGACGAGUCAUCCCGUUCAAGCUCGGAUGAAGAAGCCCUCGUCUGCAUGGAGCAGAGAGCUGAGAAGUCCAAGCAUGAAGAUCGGGAGAUAAUGUCAGAAGGUGACACUCUCUGUCUAAUGGCCAAAGAUGAUGCUGAUCAAGAGGUAACCUCACAAGCCUCCUGCUCAUCUUCUUAUGAAAGCAUACCAACUUCUGAAAAUCUUUUUGACAAGUUCAAAAAGAUGAUGGAAGACUUUGAGGAAAUUAAUCUCAAACACUCAUCCUUAACAGAGGAGAACAAGCUAGUGAGUGAAGAGAAUCUCAAGUUGACUGAAGGUUGGAAAAGUCAACUAAGUGAGAUCACUCAACUCAAGGCUGAAAAUGAAUCUCUCUCUAAAAAGGUGAAAACUCUCAAUAAGGAGCUAGGGAUACUGAAGUCCAAAGAAGCUGUGGAUAAGCUUCUUGAAACGACCAAAAAAAGGGUCGUGAAGGACUUAGGUUUGACCCCUCCAGUUCCAAAAGGAAAGGGAGAACAACAUUUAUUCCUCCCAAACCUACUGCGAAACCCAUUAAGCAGAAAGGCCACAAAAUCCUCUAGAUGGGUGUUGAAGGACACGCCAGGGACUGGGAAUACAGCUCCUGCUGUAGCCGUCCUUCCGUUGCAAACGGUGGACACCACUUUGAGACUUGUGGCAAAACAACUUGAUGGUCAGAAUCAGGAUGGUCCAGAUGAAAAUGCUUCCACUGCUGUAGAAACAAAUACUUCUGCCCAGGCUGAAACAAAUCUGUUUCAAUAUGAUCCAAAACGUGAGGCUAAGGAACUGGAACAGAUACUAGAACCUGGAGCUGAAACCUAUGUUUUUGAACAUGAGGCACAAUCUGCUAUUGACUCGGAUACAAAUUUGGAAAAAGUUGAAGCUUUGGCAACCACCAUUGUUAAUGGUAGGAAUGCUAAGAUUCCUAAGCUAGCUGACAGUGCUGAAGACAAAGCAGUGAUGAUGGUAGAGAUUGAACAAAUCUGUGUUGGUGAGGAUGCUUUGGAGAACAACCAAACUCCAACUAACACCGACCCUAAUUCUGAGAUUGAACAAAGCUGUAAUGACCAAACUACUACUGGCCCUAUUCUUCACUCUUUUGAGGUGGAUGGACAGCACUAUGAAAUCAGGUCCUAUGAAGAAGCGGAGACAAGCAACCUAAGGGAGGAACCUAACGACUUCCAAGAUGUCCAGAACAAACGCAACAAAAAAGCGGGGAAGAGAGGAACUGCACCAAGGACGAUUAAAACUAGAAGCUACGAUCCAAAUCUUGAAGUUGGAACAGUAAGCGAGAUCACUAGAUACUGGCCCAGCUGCAAAUCAACCACAAUAGAGAAAAUCGUCACUACCAAAAGUUAUUCUGGGCCCUUUUGGUAUGUUGGACCUGUCGGCCCAAUUGGGGCAGAUGGGAAAAGGCCAAAGAAAAUAAUGCCCAGAAACCUUGCCUUGGAUCAACACCCGGGUUUUAUAAUUUGGGAAUGACCAUCUAUAGUUCUUUCGAU